AUGUCGGAAGUACUCGACCCAGGAAUCCACACCUUUAGUGUUCCGGCAAAAGAGUUGAUAUUUGAAUAUGUGGUCCGUCGUCCAUUCACCGAAAAGGAAGAUCCACGUAAUAUCAUUGUUGUUCAAUGCCCUGGCUGGGGCUUAGGAUCUCAAUAUCUUCAAAAUGGAUUGCAAGGGUUGUGGACCCCAGAAGGCCAUACCAGUCCUGCAGUUACUAGUGGCUAUACUGUCAUCUUCUUCCAUUCUCGUGGAACGGAUGGAUCAUCCCAACCACUAGCAUCCCAAAUGAGCAGUAUGCCCGAUCUUGCGUCCGAUUUGGAGGACUUGCGGCAGCACCUGCAUCUCGAGCAAUAUCCGGUUUUACUGGGCCACUCCAACGGCGGGGCAAUUGCGCUAGGGUAUGCGGAGAUGUAUCCCAGUCGUGUCAGCAAGCUCGUUCUCCUCGAUCAUCAGCUAGUAGGAUUUCGGGAUAAGAGAUUGUUGCAGCUCGAAGCGACGCGCAUAGAUCCUCGAUACCAGGUUGCUUGGGACAGUGUGCCGGAUCGGCAUACCGAAUCUGACGAGGAAUUUACAGCGUCGGUGAGAGGCAUGUGGCCCUUGUGCUUCUUUGAUCCGAAGCAGUAUGUACCAGAGCUACUGCGUGAUAUUGGCGAUCGGAAGCUGUCGGGUUGGUGCCACCAAGCCCAGGGUCGAUGUGAUAAGAAAUUGCUGCAUCCAAUGCAAAUGGUGGAGAGACUGAGGGAUGUACAGGCAGAAACACUCAUCAUAUUCGGCCGCGAUGAUAUGAUCUGUGGAAUAGGGAUAGGGGAACGGACAGCAAAGGAUAUUCCAAGCGCCCGACUGAUUACCUACAGUGAAUGUGGCCAUUUCCCCUGGAUUGAGAAAAGGGAACAGACCAUAUUGGAUAUCCGUAAAUUCAUUGCAAGCAAGACCAGCAUAUCUCUCAGAAUGUAA